AGCACUUACUCAGUGAGUGUCCCGGAGCGGCUCCCACUCCUCCUCCUGUCCCCGGCGGGCAAUGAGCGGCCCGGAGCCCCCGCAGCAUGAGGAGAAGCAGAGCGAUGGUCCUGGCGACCUGUCUGGGCUGCCUCCUGCUACUACUUCUAGUCUACUCCCAGAGCAGCCUGAGCUCAGCUGAGGAAGAGUUCUUGGGUAGCCACUGGAAUGGAAAACAAAGGAGGACUCCCCUGCAGGCUCUGUAUGACAGCAACCAGCUGGAACUUUCUUCAGUCCAGGCAAAACACCAAGAGCGCCGGGAGCUGCUGGCCAGCACUUGCAAGACCUACACUAGGAAACGCCGGGUCUUGACAUCUGAUGACCUCAAGCACUUGCUUGUAGAUGACACCCAUGGCUUGUUGUACUGUUAUGUCCCCAAAGUGGCUUGUACCAACUGGAAAAGGGUCAUGAUGAUUCUUACCGGUCAAAGCAAAUACAAGGAUCCGGCGCAGAUCCCAGCAAAUGAGGCUCACAUUUCCACCAACCUUCGCUCCCUUUCUGAGUUUACCACAUCGGAAAUAAACUAUCGUCUCCGGAACUACCUCAAGUUCAUUUUUGUAAGGGAGCCCUUUGAGAGGCUUGUGUCCGCCUACAGGAACAAGUUUACUCGUACCUAUAACACUGCCUUUCACAAACGUUACGGGACAAAGAUUGUAGAGCGACACCGCACGAACCCCUCUCUGGAAGCGUUGGAGAGGGGCGACGAUGUCACCUUUGAAGAGUUUGUUUACUAUCUAGUGGACCCCAUGACUCAGAGAGAGGAGCCAUUUAAUGAGCACUGGGAGAGGGUACAUUCUCUGUGUCAUCCCUGCAUUGUUCACUAUGAUGUGGUAGGGAAGUAUGAGACUCUAGAAGAAGAUGCACAAUAUGUGCUGCAGCUCAUUGGUGUUGGAGAUUCCAUCAAAUUUCCAUCGUCCAAAUCUCCACGGACCACAGGUGGCAUGGCUGCUGAGUUUUUCAAAGACGUGAAUCGCUUUUAUCAAAGGCGGCUCUUUAACUUGUACAAGAUGGACUUCCUGCUCUUUAAUUACAGUAUUCCAAAUUACCUGCAGAUACGCUGAACCCUAUUUUGUGUGUGUAGGGCCCGGUGCCUUUAUUAACACUUUAAUAAUUCACAUGGGCUGGAAAAUGGAGCCUCUCCAACAUUCUUAUACCGUAUGCUGUUAUUUAUUGUUGAGCACACUUCCCCCACCCCUUACUGUGAACAUGACUUCUAGUUUCUACACAUUGCCUAUGAAAUCAGAUUUUAAAAAAAAACAACAAAAAAAAACACUGAAAAUGCUUUAGCACCCUAUAACACUGGGGACUGGGAAACUGAACCCACAGCGAGAAAAGCCACCAUUGCUUGUUUGUUUUAUAAAUGUUAUAACCCUUUUUCAAGAAUGGUUGAGUUAAAUGUAAUGUCAUCCACAUAUACAUAAGUACUUUUUUCACUCUUCUUCCUGUUGGUAAGUAACUAACAAAUAUAUGCACAGGUUGCAACAAGUGUUAUAUAGAUAAA